UACACAUCCAAGACUAUGGUUAUAUUCAGCGUUGCUUAUGCUAACGGCUCAAUGCGCUCGAACACAAUGUCCAUGGGAGGGUGCGCCAACGCUGCAAGCCGCAUGUAUUUGUGCACACAAUUUGGCGAGGGAUUUGUCAGUCCAAUGUGAUCAGGUUGACUUCCCGACGUUAUUGUCAGCUCUAAAUAUGAGCACACGAAAUAUUGUUAUCGAUCUACUUUACAUAAACAAUUCAAGCAUUCCUGUCCUCACCCAUAACAUGUUUUCAAAUCUCAAAAUUCACAAUUUACAAAUAUCUGGUUGUGGAAUAAAGAAAAUAGAAGAUGACGCUUUCCGAGGACAAGGGCCAUAUCUCAAAAACUUGAACUUGCAAGAUAACGAACUUACUGAAGUUCCCGUGAAGGCUUUGAAAAUUUUAAUUAACCUCUCUCUAUUGGAUAUAUCUAAAAACCGCAUUUCUCAUAUUGCUAGUCAUUCUUUUAUCACUCUUCGUAAACUCACGACACUAAAAGUAUCAGACAACAAUGUUACUUUAGAACCCCAAGCACUAACCGGAUUAGAAAACUCAUUGAAAAAUCUAAAUUUAAAAGGGACUAAACAAAAAACUGUCCCCGAAUGCAUAAGAGGCCUUCGAAGUUUAGCUUUUCUUGAUCUAUCACAAAACAGUAUCAGAGAACUUCCAGGACCUGAUGGUAGUAGGACCUUCGAGGGUCUGGACUCGCUAACUGCUCUAAACUUAGAACGGAACCUAAUUGUUCAUUUGAGAGAUGACGCAUUUGCUGGAAUAAAGAGCACUCUAAGUUCUCUAAGUCUUUUAAACAAUUUACUGCCUGAAUUUCCGACUGCUGCAAUAGGAACAUUGAGCGAUUUGAGAGUUUUAGACAUUGGGUUCAAUUUAUUAAAUAAGUUACCAGUGGACGCCUUUGUUAACAAUCCAUCAAUAACUUUAUUAGCAUUAGAUGGGAAUCCAUUGCCCACAGUACCAGAGGAAGCAUUUUCUCACCUUAAUCAAACGCUUCGAGGUCUGAGUCUAGGCGGGCGAUUCCUAAAUUGUGACUGUCGCUUGCGUUGGAUUAUAGAAUGGAUUCGAAAUGGAGAAUUACAAGUAACAUCACGAGAAAGAAACCCGCAAUUCUGCGGCAAUCCUUCGCAUUUCCGUGAACGUGGCUUCUAUAGUUUCGAGCCAAAUGAAUUAGUUUGUGAUAGUGAUAUAUCUAGUUCAACAACAGAAAAACCAAUACCAACAGUAAAGGACUUGAACGAAUGGAAAGUAAAUCAGGCCAUCACUACCACGUCCACAACUACUGUCCAAACAUCGACCACAGAAAUAAGCAACAACAUUGAUAUUCCCACCAAGCCCGCCAUCAUUCACACUACGAGCACCACAAGCACUACCAGCACCGCACGCCCCAGCCGCAUUCCCUCAGUCCGACCAGCUGCACCCACCUGGCGCCAUGCUCCUCACCAGCGCCCUCCACUUGUCAUGAGUUUUCCGCAACAAAAGCCAAAAGUAGAUGAUUCCAAUGAAGUUAUCGUGAAAAACGCGUACAGGCAAGAUAAUUCUGUUAUCAUUCAAUGGGACUCGGACGUUGCUAAUAUACUCGGCUUUCGCGUCGUUUAUCGACUCUUCGGAGACAAAAGCUUUAAACAAGGACCGCCUUUGGAAGCCAGCGAAAGAGAAUUCAAAAUUAAAAACGUUCCAUCUCAGGAAUGUAUUGUGGUCUGCGUGAUCUCCUUGGAGGAGGUUCACGUCAGUCCAGAAACGGUGCCAUAUUCCCAAUGCCGAGAGGUACGCACCGUUUCCGCUGCUGCCUCCAAUAUGGACAAGAUCACGAUUGCAGCCAGUGCCGCCAUUUGUGGUACUAUCGUGGUAGCAGUUCUAGUAUUCGCCGCGGCUUCGCGGCGCCGCUCUCGCACCGUGCAUCGAUUGCACACACAAGCUCCAGAGAAGAUGCCCAACCCUUGUUGCGGGGGCCUCACCGGCACCCCGAGCCCCAGCGGACCGCUCUCUUCGCUAGCAACGAUCGGCGCCUUUGGAAAGCAGCGUGAGUGGGAUCAAGUGUCGGCUUAUAGCGCACGUUCGAUCCCGCGUGCACGUUCCUAUACUGAACCGGCUCCUCCGGACCCAUUACCAGGUCGUCCUGGACGAGCACGUUCUCUCGCUGAUGGUCAAUCACAGCAUAGCUAUUCACAUUCUGGCCGAUACGGAGUGCCAGGAUACCCUAGUAGUCUUCUAGGAUCUCGAGCUGAUCUCCGACAAUCACGACAGUCUCUAGGAGCAGCAUCAGAACGCGCUUCCCGUUUAUCAUUAAGUGGUGCAGCCGGCGGCGCCACUGGCGGAACUGCAGGAUCGCGAAGGAGGCCGCGGUCGAGGUCGCGACCAGCCAGUCGAUACAGCGUCGGCUCUAUAGGUAUGGGAUACUGUGACACCUCCGACAACUGGACUGAUCAUGAUAUGGACAUUUACAUGGCACGAAACCCGACGACUCGCAGUGGAUUAGUACCUUUAUAGCGUGUAAGGGACACGCCGGCGCCGCGGGGAGAAAUGACAUGUCGAGGACGCUCCUCGCCUACGCGAAGGGCUCCCGAGGGCUAUAAUACCUCGUGGUGCAGUCAUGAAGCCCGGAAAGGCCACCGACAUUCUCGCCGACAUAGCCAUGAGAAGAAAAACAAGAGACGUGCGCACGCGCACUGCAGCCGAUUCGCGGGUCAGAGCCAGUGUGUCCGGUAUCCGUAAAAAUAUAAAUAUUUCAAAAAAAUAUUGUUACCUUUAAAACGUGACGAUAGUUGUGCUUAGAUUCAGUAUAUGUACUUACUUCUAUCUUAAGGUUAAAUAACUGUAAAUGCUACAGUAAGUAUAUAGUGUAAAUGCUAUACCUAAGUAUACUUAAUUUUAAUAAACAAAAAUUAUUUUUUAUGUAUAUUAUACAGGAAAUCCUAUGUGAAUGCAAUAAACAUUAACGCUAAGUCCUUUUAAUCAUAUAAUAUAACUUUAAAAUGUUAAAUUAGAACCAUUGGUUAGUGAGGACUAGUCAAAUUAUUUUCAUUGAUGUUGUAACUCUGAAUAAUAUCGACAAUGUUUGUAGAAUGACACUAAAACAAUAUUGUUUGCAUUUUGAACAUAGUGUUCUUUUUACCACUGAUUUGUAUUAUAUAAUACUUUAUUGGAUUUGAUGGUGCAUGUAUUUAUUUUAGAAAUGAUUUAUCACAUAAAUCAAAUAGUGUUAGUAAUUUGUAAAUAUUUUUAUAUCUAGGUCUUAGGAUGGAAAAUAUGUCAUGAGCAGUAAGCUCAUGAUGUGAAUACCAGUACUGCAACUAAACAACUGCCAAUCCUAUUCCAGUUUUAGGAGUUUUUUACAUUGUGUGUGUUUCUGACAACGCAAGUAUUGGACAUGUAAUGUAAAAUAUAAUAAUUAAAAUGUCCUUUGUAAUCUUUGAAAAUGACCAAAUGAAUUUUUCUUUUAUCAAACCUAACCAUCGAAAAUGGUGCUAUUUAUCAUAAUCUAUUAUUCAGUAAGGAAUCCCAUGAUUUCAUAUAAAAGAACAAUUUAGCCA